CCAGACUUCAUAUUCAUUACUUUUUUCAAACCAAUCAAACUCUUACAAGUCAGAUAUCUUUUCAUACGGAUGUUUCGAAGAAAUAAUGAUUUUUAGUGUGUUAAAACUUUAUUUGAGUUUGGUGGUUGGCCUACUAGUCGCCUCAGCAGGUUCCGAUGCUCACGAUGCCAAAGGAUUCGACGACACUGUGUUGUUCAACCUGGCUUGGCAUGGGAAUAAUGAUGAUGUGAUUAGAACACCCGGCGAUGAGGAAAUCACGGUAACCACCACGAACAAAGAAAAAUAUGUAUGCUACAUACCAUCCAUCGCCACGAAGGACACUGAGAAAGAAGUUCUAUAUGACGGACCGAGUCCAAUCGAUCUACUUAUUCCAUUGUUCAGUCAUUCGACCUGUUCCUACAGGAUUGAAAGCUACUGGACCUACGAAGUUUGUCAUGGAAACUACAUCAAGCAGUAUCACGAAGAAAGGCACGAGAAAACUAGUAAACUGCAAGAGUACUAUCUCGGCAAAUGGGACAGCAAGAAAACGGCUGACCUCAAAGCUGAACACAGUCUAGUGGAAGCCGAGGGGGAAAAAUUGAAAUAUAAAAAGAUUGAUGGUCUUAAUCUUCCGUACCUUGAAUUGGAAAUGGGAUCCGGUACCGUUUGUGACUUAAAUGGAGUCCCACGUGUGACCAAAGUUUUGUACGUAUGUUAUUUGCACGGUAAGAAUGAGGUUUACUCACUGAAGGAGACAUCAACCUGUAACUACGAGGUCAUCAUUCUGACACCGAUGCUGUGUGCCCAUCCCAAGUACAAACCACAGGAAACCGAAGAGAACAAAAUUAGCUGCGUGGCCAUGGGAAACUCGCCCAAGAAACCUAAAAAUCUUCUGAUGAUGGAAAUCGAGGGUAUGCGGAUCAAAUAUCAGAAACUUACGGAAGUGCAAAAAAACAUUAAAGAUGCUCUUGCGGUUAUUAAUUUUAAUGAGGACAAUCCAAUCAAGAUAGAGCUAUUUCCGAACGAUAUGCCUGCCAUCGAUAACGAGAAUCGCAAAGGGCCCAAUGAGAAUGGCCCUGGAGAAGAGGAUAACAACAAUCUAAUGGAUGGUUUUGUCAAGAAGAUUAGAAAGAACAAAGAACUCAAGCCACUUUUAGAGUUUCUAGAUGGUAGUUACUGUCUAACUGGAGGCUCUGGUUGGUGGAAGUUUGAACUGUGUUACGGCAAACACGUUCGACAGUUCCAUGACGAUACCUCCAUCUUUUUGGGACAUUUCAAUAAAGAAAAGCACAUCGAGUGGUUGGAGAAAAAUCCUUCCAUAAAGAACAAACGCAAGAAUGAACAUCAGUUAAGUAACUUCUACGGUGGAGGUGAUGUUUGCGACAAAACACUCAUGCCGAGACAGGUUGAGGUAAAACUCAAAUGCACAGAACAUUCCGCGAGUUCAAAUGCGAUUGCUCUUUACCUGUUGGAGCCUCGGCCGUGCGAGUACAUAUUGAAUGUCGAAUCUUCACUGAUUUGUGACAUUUUACCCUACGCAGAGGAAAACAUGCUGCUUUCGGAAAGCAUUCAAAAACUAGAAGAGGAAACACUAUACAUAAUUGAUAGUAGCAAUAUAAAUAAUUAAUCUAAAACGUA